AUGGACCCCGACUUAAACAAGUUGAAAAACUUAUUGGGGUGUUACCAUUUAGUGGUCAAUUGCACAGAAUAUGUACUGUACUGUGCAAUCUACUAAACGUUUCAAUCAAUCAAUCAACGGCUAACUGGGCUAGCUAUGCUAACUCAAGACCGGAAGUGGCGUCACCGUGACCGUGCCAUCUUUUACUGCGCACACAACAUGACAUAAUUGUUGUAGCAAAUAUUCACCAACUAAUCACAUAUUUGAACGUUUGAGCCAACGUGUUUGACAAUGGGGAGUUUCAUUGUCGUAUGGACAUGCCCAUGUGUCGUUAUUAGUGGACUUAUGUGGGCAUUUUCUGGCGGAUAACUCAAGACCGGAAGUGCUGUAUUUAAAAAAUGUUUUUCUUUUAUUUGUGUCUUUAUUACAAAAGCUUUUUUUUUUACACUGAAUUUAUUGUAACUGAUUUUUUUGCGUUUGAAUUUUGUGAACUGAUUUUAAUUGUAUUUAAUUUUUAUACUGUAGCAUGUGAAUUUUGUAUUUUUUUUAUUGAACAAACAUACAUCUACAAUUCACACAAAAGUCAAGGCACUUCCGACAUCAAGGAAAGAAAACAAAAGCAAACACAGACAGAGUAACAAUACCAAAAAAUAUGAAAAAAAAAAAAAUAUACCGAAAGGGCUGUAUUUAAAAACCGGAAGUAGCACCACCGUGACUAUUCCCCCCUCCGUAACAUAAUUGUUGUAGCAAAUAUUCACCAACUAAUCACACAUCUGACCACUUGAGCCAACGUGUUUGACAAUGGGGAGUUUUAUUUUCGUAUGAACAUCGGCACUUGUCAUUAUUAGUGGACCUAUGUGGUCUUCUUGUGGCGGCUAACUACCCGGAAGUGCGAUGUUUAAAAACAGGAAGUUGCUUCAUCGCGACUAUUUCCCCUUGUUUAUAAUCGUGCACAAACAAUUGUUGUGUUUACAUUAUCACUCACGCUUUAUUUGACCAUAUUUAAAACAACAAUUACAACUGGUUGAGUAACAUUUAGAAAAUACUUUUUUAUAUCCCGCCAUAGGAAUAGAAAACGAGUAUUAGGGAAGUAAUUGCGUUUUUUCUUGUCAUUAAAUGAGUCGAUUGUCUGCUUAAACCUCAUCCCUUCCCAACUGUUGUAACUCCUGGCAACGCGGAGCCCAAACGUACUUCCACCAAUCACAGAGCUCCAGUCUUGAAAUGAACCAAUCACAGCACGCGUGUGUCAUGGCACUCGCCCAAUCAGAAGGCGCCAUUGUCAUUUCCAAACGCCCGCCCCGUCAAUGGAAGAGUUUCUUUUUUAGUUGUUCCACUUCUUGCUUAAAACAAGGAUUUAACGAGCAGAAAACUUUUUAAAAAUUUUUUUUAAAGCACCUGUGAGGUUUUUGAUUGAUGUUGAACAUGCGAAGAGGUGCAGUUUGACGUCGGGGAAGAAUGAUAACGAGACACUCGCCUCCUCCUGUUCACGUCCACGUCCCUGAGACAAGUCCGGUCCAUGUCCACGUGAGGAGGAGUCCGUCCAGGACCCCUCAGGACAGGACAAGAGAUGCUCAGGUGAAAGGCGAGCGCGGAAGGUCAAGAGGUCGCGCUCCUUGGAUCCCUCCUGGAAUAUCGUCAUGGCGACCAGACCAGAGGAGCAGCCGAGGGACGUCUGACGGCGUCCGCCAUGGCGGCGGGCAUCAGGAGGAGCGGACCGACACCGUCAACCUCAGCGACCUUCUCAAGGAGCAGGAAGGUCAGCGUUUCACAAGAGGGGACACGGCGGGUCAUUCCACAGACGUCCUGCUGAGGGCGCUGGUGGAGGCGGAGGUGGACGGCGUGGCGGUGGCCAACCAGCUGCGCGCCCUUCAGGAGACGCUGGAGCGCCUGGGUCAGGACAAGCGUCCGUCCAGACUGCAGACGACCUCGCUGGGACGCCAGCGUCGCCUCCUGCUGGAGAAGAUGGAGAUCUUCGACAACACCAACCACAGCCUGAGAGAACUGAUCCGGGAUUGGACGGAAACUGAGCAGCGAGAAUCGACGAGACUUUUCGAGGAGAACCGCGCCUUGAAGACGAGACUCGCCGACUGCGAGGCCGACAACAUGAGACUGGUGUCCAGGAUGGCCAGCAGAGACCAAGACGCCUCGCAGCUGGCCGACUCGCUGGCCUUCGAGAAGGAGCACGCCAGGACCUCGGAGGAGCUGGCCAGGAUCCUGGGCUCCACCCGGGACCACUUGGAGUCGCAGCUGAGUCGCAGUGAGGCGGACAAGGCUCACCUGGCCGCUCAGCUUCAGCGCAUGCAGCACAACUUCCAGCAGCUGCGGGGAAACGAGGAGCAGGCGGCGCUAACUCUGCUGACUCAGCGGGCCGAGCGGGCCGAGGACGCGGGCCGGCAGCUGAGUGACCGACUGCAGGACAAGGAAUCCCAGCUGGCUCAGGCUCUGUCCACGUGCAGCGAGCUGCGUUUGCGAAACGCCAAGGAGGCGUCGGCGAGGAGCCAACUCGAUGACGAGGUCGCCGCCUUAAAGACCCAGGUGAGUGAGUGUCGCAGUCAGCUGCACGUCGCUGACCAGAGAAGUCGAGCAGAGAGGGAGGAGCUACGGGAUCAACUUCAUGCUCUGAGCGCCGAGAAGACGUCCAUCCUGCUGGACAAGCAGACUCUGCAGGCUGAGAUUAUUUCUUGUGAGGAAAAAGUCAAAACGUUUCAAGAUGAAAACUUUCAAGUGAAGACGUUGCUACGGAAACAAGAAGCCAUGUUGGACAAAUACAAGAAGAAGGCGCAGCAUGCAGAGAGAGAGAGAGAGGAGAUGUGUGUGAAGGUACAUGAGGUGCAGCAGGAGGUGUGUGAGAACAUCAAGUGUCAUGAGGAGGACAAGCAGCAGAUGAUGCUUCGUCUCCGAGAACUGGAGAAGUUUCCAGAAAGGUUGAAGAGGAGCGAGCAGCAGCUGAGAGAAGCUCGGGAGGAGGCCGACGCCCACCAGAGGAGGAGCCAGGAGCAUAACUCCGCCCUCGCUGAAGUGCGAAGCAAGGUGGAACAUCAAGGAUGUCAGCUGGAGAACUUCCAGCGCAGGAACCUUCUUCUGCAGCAGGACAACAACCUUCUCAACGACAAGAUACACACCUUGGACAGGAAGCUGGAGGAGGUGCAGCAGGAGAGCCAGCAGGUGCGUCAGGCCCUCAGCCUGAAGGAGGCCAGCCUGCUGGGCGUGGAGCAGCAGCUGGAGGUCAAGGUGCGCGAGUGCGGCGUCCUGAGCCGGCAGCUCCAGCAGGCCCUGGACGACGCCCGGCAGCAGGCGGACGACAGCGUGCACCGAGUCCUGGUCAAGGAGAGGCUGUCCCAGUCCAAGGCUCUGGACCUGCAGGGCCAGCUGGGCCGAGCCGAGGCAGAGCUGAGUCAGCUUCAUCGCAGCAAGGAGGAGGUAGCGUCUUCUCCGGGGGCGGGAGGGUCACGUGACCGCCUGACUUCCUGCUUUGCGCUUCAGAUGGAACGACGCUUCCAGAACCAGCUGAAGAACCUGAAGGAGCGCCUGGAACAGUCCGACUCCACCAACCGCAGUCUGCAGAACUACGUGCACUUCCUGAAGACCUCCUACGGGAACGUCUUUGGAGAGUCCUUGCUGUCGUCCAGCUGACAGGCACCGUCCUUCAAAGUAAAACACAAAUAUAUUUGUCAUGAUCAUAGAUCUCAUCAAGGUGUUCAAAGUCACUAAAACUAUUGCAACCUGACGCUUUAUUGACAAGUUGCAUGAAUAUUAGUGAUGGUGAUCAUUUGGUGGAGUAACAAGGCUUUUCAAAUAGUGGGGUGGGGUGGGGGUGGGCCCCCCUCGGGGGACAUGUCGCUAUAAAAUAUGAUGAGGAAAAACUGCUGUGUUCUUGUCUUUAACCUUAAAACAGAUACUAUGCAGAAGUGUACUUAGAGCAAUUUUAUAGACAAAUUGUACUAUUUUCCUAGGGGGGGGGGGGCGGCGUAAGAGUAAAUAAUUAGGAACACAACAUACUUUUAGUACUUUUACUUAAUUACAUUGAGUUUUAUUCCCAUCUCGACAUUUAUUCAUAGCAUGCGGCGGCCAUUUUUUAUAUUUGUCAUUAUUUAAAACCAAUACAUAAUAAAGGUGUUUUUUAACCUUUAUUUUUAUAACCGAGACCCUUGCGGGUCUCGGUUCUAAAAAUUUUACAAAUAUAUUUUCAUAUUAUUUACUUUCAAUGCUUAAAUCUCUAGAUCAACUUUAGAGCUAUCUGUCGAUUAUAAGGGUUUUUUGCACUUUUUGUUAUCAUUUUAAGCAAUGACAGUUUAAAAAAACAAAAAAAAACUAAAAUUGUCAGGGACCCAAAAGGGUCCCACUUAUUAAAGUGUUAAAAAUAGUUCAUUCAGAUUUUUUGUUUUUACUUUCAACACUGAAAUGUGUAGAUAAACUUCAGAUCUAUCCGUUAAUGAUCAUUUUUGAUUUUUGAUUGUAUUUUUUUGUUAAAGAAAACCCUGUUUUUUUAUGGCGAACACACAAAAUAUGCAAUAUUUCCACCACAAAAUUGUUUUCAAAGUGUAAUAUUUGAUGUGAAGUAAUUGGAGCCUUAAAUGUGUCAAUAAUGCAUAACAUUGAUUUAAUUCAUUAUUAAUGUUUGAACAAUGACAGUUUGUUUAAAAACAAAUCCCACUAAA